CGUAACGCCUCCAAGAAUCCAACCGCACUGUCCUUCUUCCCUUCCUUCCUCUUCCCGUUUCAUCUUCCCCUCGAUGCUAUAUAAUGACAGAGAGAGGCAGAGGAUCGCCACUUGCGUUCCUUUGUGAGACUGAAACUUGUCCUCUGUGUGGCUGCUAUCAGGAGCGCGUGCUGCCCACGAACCAAGGUCCUUGGUUUUUGGGGUUGUCGUUCACCCGCGAUUUUGGCUUCUGAAAAUCCGGGCAAGUGGUUAAAAUCAAGCGGAAGCGGAAAGAGGAGAGGCGGAAGGAGGAAAGAUGGAGAAUGGUGGCGGCGGGCUUGUAGUGGCGAACGGGAAGGGAGAAGCGGAGGGGAGGCGAUGGCGGUUCAAGCCCAACGAGAGGCUCGCGGCGGUGAACCAGCAGAGCAUCAGAGGCGUGCUGGAUAUAGUGGGUUCUAACCUCAACGGGGAGGACGGGAGGGUCGUCAUCCAGCUCGGCCACGGCGACCCUUCCGCGUUCGAGUCGUUCAGGACGACGUCCACGGCUGAAGAUGCCGUCGUCGAGUCCAUAAGGUCCGGGAAGUUCAACAGGUACCCGCCCAGCAUCGGCCUCCCUGCCGCUAGAAGGGCAGUUUCUGAGUACUUGUCUAAAGACCUCCCCUACAAGCUUUCCCAUGACGAUGUCUUCCUCACUGUGGGAUGCGCUCAGGCCAUCGAGGUCGUCCUCCACGUCCUCUCCCGCCCAGGUGCCAACAUCUUGCUCCCCAGGCCGGGUUUCCCGCUCUACGAAGCGAGAACCACCUUGUGCGGCCUUGAAGGCCGUCACUUCGACCUGCUUCCGGACCAACAUUGGGAGAUCGAUCUCGAAGCCGUCGAGUCGCUCGCAGACGAGAACACCGUCGCCAUGGUUAUCAUUAAUCCGGUGAAUCCUUGCGGCAAUGUCUUCUCUAGGGAGCACUUGGAGAAGGUUGCCGGUGUGGCGAGGAAGCUGGGCAUUGUUGUGAUCGCCGAUGAAGUGUAUGCUCAUCUGAACUUUGGAAGCAGGCCUUUCGUUCCAAUGGGAGCAUUUAGUUCUAUAGUUCCGGUAAUUACAUUGGGUUCAAUAUCGAAGAGAUGGGUGGUGCCUGGAUGGAGACUCGGAUGGCUUGCGGCAUGCGAUCCCAACGGCAUUCUGAAGCAAAACAAGAUUGUUGAUGGUGUAAGGAGUUACCUGAAUGUGUCAUCUGAUCCACCAACUAUAAUUCAGGCAGCGAUUCCAAAGAUUCUUGGAGAAACAACCAAGGAUUUCUUUAACAAAACGGUCCAGACGUUGAAAUUAACAGCAGAUAUAUGCUACAACAGUCUCUUGCAAAUUGACUGCAUUUCUUGUCCACACAGGCCUGAAGCAUCAAUGUUUGUUAUGGUGAGACUAGAUGCUUCUCGUUUGAAGAACAUAAAGGAUGAUAUGGAUUUCUGCUGCAAAUUGGCCAAAGAAGAAUCUAUAAUUGUCUUGCCAGGUAGUGCACUGGGCAUGAAGGGAUGGCUUCGGAUCACCUUUGCUGUAGAUCCUCCACUUCUGCAAGAUGGUCUUGCAAGACUGAGAUCUUUCUGUCACCGGCACAAGAAAAAUUGAGGGAAAUUGGUUGCUCCUGCAUGGGUUUGGUAGAGAAGUAAAACGGCUCGUUGAGUUUAGCCCUGGAAAAAUGGGGAAUACGUGUGUUCGUGGGAGUCCAGCUGCUGCCUCCUACCUUAGUGAGAAAUAAAAGCCAAGAAAACUGUAAUAAUAAUCUUCUCUUCUAAAGGAGUGAUAUGUAAUUAUCAGUAUAGAUAUCCUUUGUCAGACUUUAACCGCAUUUUCUCCUUCCAAGCACGAACUUGCAAAAAGAAAAGAUUUAUCAA